AUGGCCGUAUCUUCGCCUCUCCCGGACGGCCACAGGCAGGUCGUUCUUCAUGGAGAGUGUCCGAAGGUUCUCAGGAGCCACUUAGAAGCCGUCAAAACAAUACGCUGCUGCUUUGCUUGCACUGAGUACAGUCACAGGGUAAGAGGGCAGGCCCACUGCACCAUGCAAAGGGUCCCCAAACACACUCCAGCACUCCUCUUCAGUCCUGUGUGUUCAAACGCUCAAAGUAAACCACAGAAACCAGGUACCUCUUUUACUGAACGACAAUAUCAGGCGGGCGAGGCUUUCUACAUCAGCAUGAUGGAGACAAAUACAAAGGCAGAAGCGGAAGCUCAGGAACCAGACAACACCCUGGUCGAGAGCCCGGAGGUUGCAGAGUUUGAGCUGACAUCAGACCGUCUGGAGCAGCUGAUGAAGAGCAUGGAGGUGCUGCUGUCGGACGUGGAGCAGCUUCGGAGCAGCUGCAGCCACCAGGCCACUGAGCUGACGCGCGCGGCGGUGGACCUGAAGCAGCAGCAAGACGAUCUGAAAGAGAGCUACGCCGAACUGUCCCGAGAAAUGCAGGAGAUAGUGGAUUCAGUGGAGGACCUGUUCAGCACCAAGAGCGCCUUUGAAGCCAAAGAGAAGCAAGCACAGAAACUCAACCGACAGCUCUGAGAGAGAAGGGACUGGCAGCGUUUAAUUGUGGAGAAAAUCAUUGUGUGGGGUGGUGGUUUUGGCUUUGGGUGCGCAAGAAGCAAUUUGGAAAAAAUGGGGGGUUUGGAGCUGUUGUGGUUUGAAUUAAAGCUCUAGUGAAAUUUUUGAAUUGUAUUUGUUUUGCAGAUUGUUAUUUUUAGACAUAUGUGUGUGUGUGUGUGUGUGUGCAGGUGUGUGUACAAAUACAUAUAUUCAUUUAUAUAUAAGUAUAUAUAUAUAUACAGAAAAAUAAAAAAAAUGUAUUGUCAUUGAUUCUGCAACUUUACAAAUCAUGAUAAAAUACAGCUUCCAAUGUCUUUUUUAAGAAUUGUACAUUUCGAAAAAGGAAAAGAAAAACUUAAUGCACUGUCACUGUUGCUAUGUGAUCUUUUCUUGAACAUGACCCAACAUGACUCUACAAAGGCACAGGUAGUGCAGUGUGAUUGCUUUACCGUCACUCUGGAAUUGAUAGAUAGACUACCAUAAAAAUAUCUUGUUUUGACGACCUGGAUGGAUCCCUCUGGCUUGGUAAAAUUCUGGCACAGGAUUGUUGUUCUUGUCUCAUUUCCCUCUGAACAUCGUCCAUAAUCUUCGUGCAUCCAAGUCA